AUAACCUGUAAGUACAUUGGUUUAUUAAUAUUUAUUGUUUUGCUUCUUUACGCAACGACGCAUAUUAAUAAUUUUGUUUAGAAUAUUACCUGAUCUCAUUUUAUAUUUAUUAUAAUUUAAUCUUUAAUGUCGGAAACGGAAAGCGAUAUAGCUGAAAUAUUUUUCUCAGCAAGUAGUAAUGAUGCAAGUUUUACCAGUGUUCCUUCUUUGGCUGAGACACUAAUGUCGCAGUUUUCUGAUGGUUCCCGGAACUUUAAUGUUGUUCACAUUAAUGCCCAGAGCGUACCAGCACAUUUUCCUGAUAUGCUGGCAAGUUUUAGCUGUGAGAACAUCCACGCCAUUCUUAUUUCCGAAUCAUGGCUUAAGCCUUGUCUCCCUUCAUGUUCGUAUGCUUUACCUGGCUUCCGUCUUAUUCGCAACGAUCGCAUAAGUGGUGGUGGCGGUGGUGUAGCCAUAUAUCUCCGUACACACAUUGAGUAUACAAUAAUUAGUCUGUCUGCACAGCCUCCUCCACCUAAUGCCGGUGAGCAUCUUUUUCUGGAAGUGGAGCUAAACCACCGUAAAGUUCUCUUGGGUGUCUACUACUCACCCUCGUCACAUUUAGAUUUUUUCUCAUCCUUUGAAGGCAUCCUCGACACUUUAGUUCCUUCUUACAACCAUUGCAUAAUAAUGGGUGAUUUUAACACAUGUCUUCUUAAAAGUAAUAGUCGUUCUUCUUCUUUUCUAUCUGUUACCGAAUCUUGUAAUUUAUCUAUUCUCCCCUUAAAUGCUACACACACUUUCCCCAACUGUACCCCGUCACUUCUUGACCUAAUUUUGAUUAGCUCUCGAGAUCACGUCGCUAAACACGGACAGUGCUCAGCCGAUGCGUUUUCUUACCACGAUUUACUUUUCCUUUCUUAUAAGAUUCGCCCCCCCAAGGCCAAAUCUAGAAUCCUCUUGCAACGCAAUUUUGGUGGUAUAGACCUGGAUAACCUUCGUGAAGAUGCUAGUGGUAUUGACUGGGACCCCUUAUUUGCAUGUGACGACUGUGACGAAAAGACGAUCUCCAGCUUUAUACGCAAGCCCCGGUGGAAGAAUUGCCUCUUGCUUGCACCAAAGUAAAUAAUGACUUACUUAGUAUAACAAAUUGGAGUAAAUCUUAUGGGCUGCAAAUAAAUCCGACAAAAACUCAGGUCAUUAUUGUCGGUGCACCUAGAAGGCUUGCGACAGUUGAUUGGACGCGAAUUCCCCCAAUUUCAAUUGAUGGAGUUCAAAUACCAGUUAGUGAUAAGGUGAGAAACUUGGGUAUCUUUGUAGAUAGGCAUAUGUCAUGGGAUGCACAAAUUAAAGAAACUUGUCGAAAGAUUUAUGCGGCUGCAGGAUCCUUAAGACGUCUGCGAAAUUUUCUCCCUACUGCCACCAAGACUGCGCUUGCACAAUCUCUUCUUCUCCCCAUCCUUGAUUAUGCUGAUGUUAGCUAUCUCGAUCUCACUGAAGCACAAUUAAAUAAACUAGAGCGUCUUCAAAAUUUCUGUUUAAGAUUUAUAUUUGGCUUACGAAAAUAUGAUCACGUCUCAGAAUUUCGCGCUAAGCUCAAGUGGCUGCCAAUUCGCCUUCGUCGGAAUGCUCAUAUUCUUUCUUUGCUCUAUACUGUUCUAUUUAAUCCUUCUUCUCCUUCUUAUCUCAAAAGACGCUUUGAGUUUAUCCGUGAUACACAUACCAUAUCCCUGAGAUCAACGGACAACAUGCAAUUAAUGAUGCCAGUGCAUUCGACAAGGUUCUACGAUCAUUCCUUUACUGUUCAAGCUAUUCGUUUGUGGAAUGCUCUCCCGGUACGUAUACGACAUGCUGAAACAUUAAAGUCGUUCAAACGCCUCAUUAAGGAACAUUUUUUAAAUACUAGUCAACAGAUUUAAUAUGUGAUAGGGUAAAUUUCUGAAAUUGGUAUCUACUUAAAUUGUAUAUGUUUCAAAGGUAUUUUAAGUAUCUUUUAUAUGUAAAUUGCUUAUUCUUAUUUAUGUGUAAAGAAGCAAAAUUUAAACUUAAUUUAUUUAUUUUUUAUUUCUAAUAAUUAUUAUUAUAUUAUAAUACUUUGUAUUAAUUUUAUGUAUAUUUACAGAGAUAUGUAUGUGUAUAUGUAUGUGUACAUAUAUGUAUAUGUAUUUCACUGGAAUGGUACACCGCGCGUAGUUCGUUUCCAAAUGAUUCUUGUCCACCUGAUGGUUGUCUGGAAGAGAUCGCUUUUAGCGAUAAGACCGCCAAUUGUACUUUUUGUUUUUAAUGUAUCGCACUGUUCAUUUGUUUCUUUGGUGUACAAUAAAGAAUACUCUCUCUCUCUCUCUCUCACUGUUCCCGUGCAUGUCCAAACCGUUUGCAGUAGGAGCACACUGGACGCUGUUUCUUCGUGGUCACGAAUUGCUCUGCAGAACCUGGCACAGCAGCGGCAGGCGUGGCAGCGGCAGGCUGGGCGACAGCGACAGGCACAGCGGUGGCGGGCACGACGGCCGCGGCGGAGUUUGGAAAGCGCGCGCGCGGCGCCGGGGCACUCGCACGAGCGGCGCACGGUUCAGGCCGACUCGCAGCCUGGGCCGGCUGGGCACGGAUCGAACGCACACCACUAGUGGACGACACUGGUCUCGAUUGAGUCUCCUCUAUCGAAUCUUCUAUAUUCCGAGCAUGGUUUAAUAAUGAAUUGAAAGAUGUGAUUUCUUCACGGCGCAAUCUUGUGCGUAUUCUAUUAUGAAGCAACCCGUAUAUCAUAUCAAGUUGUACUUUUUCAGUAAUAUCAUCCCGCGGUAGCUUUGCCAUAAGCGCACGAAUACGAGCAACAAACUUGUCUGUGUUUUCGUUAUCCUGCGGGGAAGCAAAUAUUUCCAAAUAUAUUCUAUGUGGUGGAAGGCGGGUGCCAUAUGCAUAUAUUAAAUUUUCUUUGGCUUCGUUCCAAGUGGAGAUGUGAUGCUUUAAUCCUAGCCGCCACGUAGCUGCGUCAGCAGACAAAAGCAUGGCUAGGCCUCGUAUGAUGUUAGCGUCAGAUACUUGAACGCAUUCUGUAUAACUUUCAAUUGCAUCUAUAAAGGCCUCAACAGAUUCACCAGGUGCACCGCUGAAAGAAGCUCUGCAACGCGCCAAGGUACCAUCUACGUUCACUGGGGGCAUCGGCGGAGGUGCCGGAGUCGACGAUCUUUGUUCCAUCACGUACGACAUAAUGUUCUUAAAUGUUUCGGCCUGCGAACGUUGCAGCGAGGCCAUCAACGCUGAAACAUCAUCCAGGUUGAACGUAGAAUUGUUGCUACGUGAUUCGGCGUGGGGGCGAUCAUGGGGGCUAUCAUGCUCCUCGUGAUUUUCGUUGGCAUUUGCAUCUGCAGCAGGAAUAACGUCGUCUUCGCGACGUUGCUGGCGAUCUUGAUUUCUAGUUAAAGGCAUUCUUUACAAUUAAGCACCAACAGCAUACAAUAGUUAGCAAAUUUUUCACAAAAGCGUGCGCGCCAUUUUGUUAGUCCAAGCAAGAAAAAAAUUAGGAAACGUUGGGCAGCCAGAUAUAGUGAGGGGUAGAUCUCAGGGGUAUUUAAAACUAUGGGUUAGUCACCAAUAUCGAAUUUCGAAUUUUAAUCUUCCUUUAUCACAAACAAUUUUC